UAUUGACAACGGAAGCGGGAGCGGAAACGCCGCACACGUGUUUCGCGUCUUGCAGGUUUGAAGGUUAAAGGAGAAACACCGGGUAGGUAUCCAGUCGGCCUCGAGAGGGUUGUGGUUUUUCUUUUGUCGAAGCUGGGUGUGAGCAGCACAGAAGCGCCGACAUGGACCCCGUGAAGGCACAGCAGCUGGCGGCGGAGCUGGAGGUGGAGAUGAUGGCUGACAUGUACAACCGCAUGACCAACGCAUGUCAUAGGAAGUGUGUACCGCCACAUUACAAGGAGCCCGAGCUGACAAAGGGGGAGUCUGUGUGCUUGGACCGCUGCGUUGCCAAAUACCUGGACCUUCAUGAGAGGCUGGGACGCAAGCUGACCGAGCUCUCCGUCCAGGACGAGGAAACGAUGAGGAAGGCAUCUUUGGGAAGCGGAUAGAGACUAACGAAUGGCUCAGAGCAUCCUGGGGGGAUUAAAAGGUUAUGGGUUAUUGAGUGGGAGGAUUUUGUUUUGGAAAUCGAUAAAGUGUGAAGAAUAAUGCUCAUGGCGGGUCCACAAAGAAAAACUGCUUUCCUACAGGGGUCAAGGAUGAGACUGAUGGCGCUCAAGGAGUCACCGUAGGUCCUUAUGGAAUGACGACGACUCAGCGAAACUGCUCCACCAGCCUCUCAGGAUGCGUCUGUUUCCUUUAUUUUGACUCCGUGACCGGAUAAUUAAGGAGAGGUUGUGUAAUUAUCUCUAAUCCAUUCAUUUGUUUUUAGCUGCCUUGGGUCCCAGGAGGGUGCUGCCUCUUAAACCACGAGGUUUAAACAGACAACAUUUACAUUUAAUAUUUGUUCCCACGUCACCCUUUGAACAGGUGAACUAUUUAUUUUUUUCUAACAUGGGAGGGCGAUAAACAGCGAUCCUCGGCAUAAUGUUGCUACACAACAUGCAAUUCAGUUAGACACAUUGUUCACACUUACAAGUUGUCAUGCAGACAUGGCUCUUUACAAAGCGUUGAAAUACAGAGGGAUCAAUAGCAUCUCCUGAAUGAAUUAUGUAUGCUUUGUAGAUUUUGUUAAUACAAGAUACUGAUUAGUAUACAGUCUUUCCUGCUUGGACAUUGCUGUCGUGGCUUUAUCUGUAAACUCAAUUACAGACUACCAGGCUCCUCAGAUGUGAUGAAAUUGGACUGAAUUUAAUGCUUGUGCAGACUACGUUGUGCUGUCUGUGACUGGACCAUGUUUUUGUUUUUUGACCUGCAAUGUUUCUUUUUGUUUUUCAUGUCAGUGAAGCAGCUUAUAGUGGAGAAGCUGCACAGUGUUAAGAACUCUAAUAAAACUGUCAUUUUAA